UGUUAGUCUCUCUUUCUCCGUCUCUCUCUUCCCUCCCUCCCUCGCUCUGCACACUAAGAGUAUCUUGGGUCUGUCCGUUUCUAAACCUCUUCUCUCUCUCUCUCCACCUUUCUCAACUCUUCCAAACUACCCCAACAACUUACUCCAUCUCACUUCACUACUCUCUCGUCCGCUUCCAUCACCAAAAAAGCUUGCGCCCGAUUAUAUCAGGCCUCACUCAAACAUCUCCCAUCACUCAUCUGUGUUUCGCCCGUGGGGGCUUAGUUUAGCUGCGGUUGCUGUGUUGUCGCGAGGCAACGCUUGAGACCGCGCGAGUUCUCAGCCUCAUUCCACCCACUGUUGUGACGUCCGCGUUUGACUCCACACCCGACCACAUCACACUCUGUCGCCGACCCUGAACACUCAAUCGACAUCUCCACCAAAGGUUAAAAGUCGCCUUUUAACUUUCGAUACUUCUGUGUUUGGCGCGCUAUCACCGGCUCACCAGAAAUCACGCUUCCGUCCACACCUCUCCUGAUCGCCUUUCGCCUUCCGCAACAAACUCCCAUCUACAUGCGAUAGCGACAGCACCACCUGCCACGAAACAUCCAGCGCCGUCAUCUCGACGUCGUUCACACCACACUCAACAGUUCGAUAACUAGCCUCCAGCUUCCAACAGCCCUGGGGUGAAGCCUUUCGACGAUAAUCAUAAUGUCAGGAAUGUAUAAUGCGCAUCGGGGAAUGGGCCCUGCGCCUGGAAACCCGCGCUUGAAUGAGCUCCUCGAUCAGGUUCGCGCCGAGUUUGAGACUCAGGCGAGAGCGAGUGGAGAGUAUGAACACUCCAUCGGGCAGCAGUUACAGGAGAUGCAAAUGGUCCGCGAAAAAGUCUAUCAAAUGGAACAGACCCACAUGGCCUUAAAACAGAAGUACGACGAAGAGAUCGCUCGCCUGCACAGAGAACUUGAAGCCCGCGGCGGUCCUUCCGUGUCAAGAACUGGCGGACCACCCCAACACGUUGGGCCAACUCAGGCACCACCGCCUUCAAUCGGCCAUGGCCCAAGCAACCUUUUCGGAGGCAUCAUGGCCGGCCAAGGCCAAGCUGGCCCAGGCCUCCCACCUCAGCCCACACCACAGGACCAGGGACCUCCACAACACCAGAUGCCACAGCCACCAGGACUCCAACAAGGUCCUCCGCCACCCGCACAAGGUCCAUUCCAGCCAGCUGGCCAGUAUGGUCCUCCCCCGGUGCAAAAUGGCUACCCCUCCCAGGGUCCUCCACCUGCGUCACCAGGAACGAUCGCCAAGCGUGGCCCAGCCAGAGGCCCCGGUGCCCCAGCGACGCCAAACCUUGGACCCCAGCAUCACGAGCAGAGACCAGGUCCCAUCCCAGGGCCGUCUUACAACUCGCACAUUGCUAAUGUCGGAAAUGCACUGGCAGAGCUGGACCUCGAGCGCCUCCCAGACCACCAGAAGAAGGUCGAGUCGGAUUGGUUCGCCAUCUUCAACCCUCAGGUUCCAAGGGUUCUUGACGUUGAUCUGCUCCACACUCUGCAGCACGAGAGCGUCGUCUGCUGCGUUCGCUUCAGCCACGAUGGCAAGUAUGUAGCCACUGGCUGCAACAGAUCCGCUCAAAUCUUCGAUGUCCACAGCGGACAGAAGGUCUGCGUUCUUCAGGACGAUUCAGCCGACUCGGCUGGAGACUUGUACAUCAGAAGUGUCUGCUUCAGCCCCGACGGCAAGUACCUCGCGACAGGUGCCGAGGACAAGCUGAUCCGCGUUUGGGACAUUGCCUCGCGCAAGAUCCGCAACACAUUCGCCGGUCACGAGCAGGACAUCUACUCCCUCGACUUCGCCAAGGAUGGCCGCACCAUCGCAUCCGGAAGUGGUGACCGUACCGUCCGCCUGUGGGAUAUCGAGACCGGCAACCACAUCAUGUCUCUCAGCAUUGAGGAUGGUGUUACUACUGUUGCUAUCUCCCCUGAUACCCGCUACGUCGCUGCUGGAUCCCUCGACAAGAGCGUCAGGGUCUGGGAUAUCGCCACUGGAUAUCUCGUCGAGCGCCUCGAGGGUCCGGAUGGACACAAGGAUUCCGUCUACUCGGUCGCUUUCGCGCCUAAUGGCAAGGAUCUCGUCUCUGGUUCUUUGGACAGGACCAUCAAGAUGUGGGAGCUGAUGGCCCCACGUGGAGGACACCCCAACACCGGACCAAAGGGUGGAAGGUGCAUCAAGACCUACGAGGGACACAAGGACUUCGUCCUCAGUGUCGCCCUCACCCCAGACGGAGCCUGGGUCCUCUCCGGCUCCAAGGACCGCGGCGUCCAAUUCUGGGACCCCCGCACCGGCAGCACCCAGCUCAUGCUUCAGGGCCACAAGAACUCGGUCAUCUCCGUCGCGCCCAGCCCCGCCCCGGGCGGCUUCUUUGCCACCGGCUCCGGCGACAUGCGCGCGCGCAUCUGGUGCUACAAGAACAUCGCGCCGCAGUAGAUGUAGGUCUCCACGAACUUUUGUCAAGCAAACAAGUGUGGUUCAGGACUGGCUGCUGAGGCGGGGGCGGAGGAACAAGGUCGGACGAACGAAGCUUUGGAUGACUUUGAGAAAUACGAUGCUAUGUACGGACAGUGUGGUGUUGAGUUUUUAUUAUUUUUUGUUUCGCGGAGUACAAUGGGUUUUCUGGGUGCUUUGGUUCCGGGGGGGGCAAGUCGUCGUCGGUCGUCGGUCGGUCGGUCGGUUGGUAGGAGGAUGGGGAGAAGGAGAGGAUAGAGAGUUUGAGUACGAUGUUGAUGUUGAUGUGUUGGAGUGAGGAUGAAAGGGGGGGGCGACGACAUCGUGUUUUUUUUUAUUGAAUGCAAAUGCAGAUGCAUCCGGCAUUACCGCUACAGUGGGGG